AUGUCCAGCCCUUCACCAACUCCCGACGUUCCGCGACACCGAUUGCCUACCUUGUUCGAAGUGUUGGGACGAAGAACGCUAGCACCCGUGGAUCUGUAUUCAUUCUACAUAUACAUGAGGGACCAGCAGAGAUCAGUGGACUAUUUGGACUUCUGGCUCGAUGUCUCACAACACAUGUCCCUAUGUCGACAUUACGUCCGGGAACUACGUCGCUCCAACCUCAUUGAAACCCCCGACCUAGAUAAAGCGAGCAAGCGAUCGUCCGCGGGUUACGACGCAGAGGGAGAUGGUGCCGGUCCGUCCACCGAAAAGCCCAUGUCCGACCAGCGACUCUCCGCGUUCCUCCGUUCCGAGAGCCCAAGCAAACACUCCCCGUCAAACAGCCAUGGAAGCAACACGACGAAUCAGAGCGCUACGGGUGCAGAACACACCGCCAGGCCUGGGCUCACGAAGUCCACCUCGCAGUCUCCUGCAACCGGAACUGAUCGCUCUCCCCCGCAUGCCUCUGAUUCCCCGGGGCACACUGUGACGCGACAGGAUUUGCGGGCAUCGGCACAGCGGAUCCUGUUCGUGUAUCUUCUACCUGGGUCGGACCGCGAAAUCAUUCUCCCCCAAGGAAUCCUCAACGAAGUCACCGCUGCUAUCGAGGAGAAUGGCCGAGAGGAUCCCGAAGUGUUCGACGCCGCGAAGGACUACGUGUUCCAAGCCAUGGAACGAGACGCAUUCCCUGGGUUCCUGCGGUCGAAAGCGCUUGGAAACGUCGUCCCGCCAAGUAUGAUGUUUAGAGCGAUCGUUGGCCUGAUUUCUUUGUUCGGAGCGCUAUGGACAGCGUUUGUCCUUAUUUUCCUGGAUUAUAAUCGCCAAACGAGGUGUUGGCUGAUCCUCCCGUUCACCAUCGGCGUUUACGCGCUCGCCUCCCAUCAAUAUAUGCUCGACCCCAUCCUCGCACUCGUGGGGUAUAGUGAAUAUACAUUCAUGAAAUUCGCCCGAGUGAACGAGCCGUUCGUUCGAAAAUUACUCGUCAAAAGAUCGUGGAGCGUGCUAGGAGUGGUGGUGUUGAUCGAUGCAGCGCUUUGCUCUCUGUUCAUCUUCGUUCCGGGAAAGAGGCUAUGA